GAAAGGGAUUCCAGUCCAAAACUACAACGAUAAAUGGCCCACGCUCGAGAGGUUUGUCGGAGCCACACGAGGCAGCCGCAUCGACGGCAUGUCGGAGCUGAAGAAGUACUUUCAUCGUUUCGGUUAUAUCCCAAUGACACAACCCGAUAAUUUCACCGAUAAAUUCGACGCCAGGUUCGAGUCCGCCGUCGCCCGGUACCAAGCACGGCUAGGCCUCCCAGUCACCCGCAGGCUCGAUGUCGACACCAUAUCUCAGAUACUGUCGCCGCGAUGCGGCGCACCGGACGUCGUCCCGAAACAAAUGCAGGCAGCGUCGUCGUCGUCUUCGUCGAUGCAUUACGUGUACUUUUCCGGGAGGCCCAGGUGGGCCCGCGACUCGCCCAUGACUCUCACGUAUGCGUUCUCUCCGGAGCACACGGUUGGGUACUUGAGCUCGCCGGAGAUUAGAGGCGCCUUCAGGCGGUCUUUCGAGAGGUGGGCGGCGGUUAUUCCGGUGACAUUCUCGGAGACAGAAGAUUACGGGUACGCCGAUAUCAAAAUAGGGUUCUAUAACGGAGAUCACGGCGACGGACAGCCGUUCGAUGGGGUGCUGGGGGUGCUGGCCCACGCGUUCUCGCCGGAGAGCGGGAGGUUCCACCUGGACGCGGCGGAGAGGUGGGCCGUGGACUUCGAGUCGGAGAAGUCAAAGGUGGCCGUGGACUUGGAGUCGGUGGCGACGCACGAAAUUGGGCACGUGCUAGGGUUGUGGCACACGCCGGUGAAAGGGGCGAUUAUGUACCCUAGCUUGAAGCCCAGGACGAGGAAGGUGGAGCUGGCGGUUGAUGACAUUGAAGGGGUGCAGGCUCUGUAUGGAUCAAACCCUAAUUUCAAGCUGGGUUCUUCCAUGGAGUCUGAUCUUUCUUCCAGUCGUGCCGUUGAUUUAAGGAUCAGAUCGUGUCAAUGGGGCGUCGCAUCGAUUCUGCUUUUGAUAUUGCGUAUGUGCAUGUAAUUUUACAUGCAUGGACGUACAAUUUUUAGAAAUUAAGAUUAAUUGUAUUAUAAAUUUGUGGUCAUUUUUUUUUGGUUCAACUUCACGUGCAUUUUGAAAUUUUAAAAUUACGUGUAUAGAGAUAUGAUGUUUAAAACUCAUGCAAAGGAAGUGUGCAGGAAUUCUUAAAUUAAUUAACUUUGUUUACUAAUUAAA